UCUAUGAGGUUAAUGGCUAGCUAAAUAGUAUGUGUUGGGAAGGAGGAUGUGUUUGACUGCGUGUCAUGACAUAGCGUUUUAGCCCAUACAUAGAUUGUUAACUACUACGGUAUUAGCUAGCUAGCUACAAGAACAGAAGUUGGCUAAAAUUUGUGCAUUUAGCCUCCUCCUUCCUGGAUGUUAGAGCUGUGAUGGUGGUGUGUCCCCUGCCUUCAUUGUGACUCGUGUCCACAACCUUCCUCUCCCUGCCCAGUGUGUGUGUGCCACCAUUUCACCAUGACCCUGCAUCUUCUCCUCGUCCUGUCCCCUGUCCUUGGGCUUCUGGUGCUACCUUGUCUGUCAUCCCAUGUGGCCAGCCAGUUCAGCAUUGUGGCCAGCCAGACAAUGACCGAGCAAACCCAUUGCUCUGAAGCAUGCUCACUCAAUACGACAUGUGAUCAUGCUGUCUUUUGGAAAGAGAAGUCCACCUGCUUUUUCUUGACAUGUCCAAAUUGCACCAAAUGCAGCAGUAUCUCUGUCGCUGACCUGAUAAGGGAACAAGAAACAGACAUCAGUGUUUUUAAGAGAGAAGCUAAACGUGUCACUCAGUCUUCAAGUUCCGUAACUCCAUCAGAAAGCCAACAUAAGAACCCUACUGUGCAUAAAUUGACAGUCAACAAUAAUGCCAAUCAAACCUCUGCCCUCAAUGAGACCCACUCUACCUCACAGCACAGCGAUGCUGGUCAGGCUCCAACUGCUGGAGACUCUCCUGUCUUAACUGCAUCUAACAUGACUGCAGCACUUUUGCCAGCUCUCAAGAAUGACACAGCAACUACAGUAUCUGAGACAACCCACAAGUCAAAGGUCCAAAGCCCUGUAACAACCACAGCCACUUCAGUAAAGCUGGAAUCUACUACUGUUAUAACUCCACCAGCCAUCCCACAGAUAAUAACAACAAUCACCACUAUGACUACUACCACCACAACAGCAAUGCCAUCUACUACCAAUACCACCACAACACAACCAACUACCACCAAAACAACAAUACCAACAACUGCCACCACAAUAAAAACAACAGCAUUACCGUCAACUACCACUCCAAAAACAACCACCACCGCAGACACGCCUACAGAUGAGGAGAAGAAGCCGUCACCAACCGUUCCGGAGGCCCCCAACUCUCAAGCUACCUCCAGAAACACCAUGGUUCCUUCAACCUCCACUGCUGAGGUCAGCACAAAAAGGCUGGACGAAGACACCAACAGAGCCAUUAUAGAUGUUGUUGCCGGCGAGAUUCUGACUCGCCAGUUGGUGGACACAAGCGCUCUAUUGGCUGUUCUGUUGUUUGGCCUCCUCUUCUUCCUAGUUACAGUUGUUCUCUUCCUAACACAGGCCUAUAAGAGUUACAGGAGGAAAGACUACACCCAGGUGGACUAUCUCAUCAAUGGAAUGUAUUCUGAUUCAGGCGUUUAAAAGUGAUAGUUGAGUGUUUACAUUUCAACAUGGUUCAGUUAUUUCUAUUUUUAUAUUUUCUUUAUUGGAAAAGGGUUAGUAACAUACAUGAGUUAAGAGAUUGUCAAUGUUGCAGCAGCCUUUGCCCUAGUAUUGUAUAACAUUUCUGUCUUAAAGGUACUCCAGCAUACAGAGAUUAUUCAAAUAUAAGUUACCUCUGCUCUUGUUUUUAUUCAGGCCUUAAGGUCUUAUGAUGGGCCAAUUCAGGCCAUGGGCCAAAGUAUCACCACAGUGGUUUGUUAGUCCUAUAUUUCUAUGUCUUACAUUUCUAUGCAGAUUAAUAUUCCACCUCCAACCAAUAGGAUUAUGGCCAUAGACUGUUAAGUAUUCACUUUUUUUAAAUGGUGAAUAUCGUUCUGUGGAAAAGGGGCUGAAAAGGUUUGAGGUAGCUUUGUUUUCAUCUCUGGUAUUUCAUUUAUUGUAAAUUUUUCACUUGUAUGUAUCCAUUGCUUUGUGUAUGUUUUGUUGGUAAUUUUUCGUGCAAUUUUCCUUUGUUCAUGACUUGCAUGUUUCCUUUGUUUACCAUUCCUGUCCUUGGAUUAAGAUUGAAGGCCAAAAUGAUCACUGUAGCACUGAGGCACAUUUACGUUAAAGCCAAGGGAAUUGUCUAGCCAUUAUGAACUCCAUUCCAUGACGAAGAAGAAGGAACGGUUAUAUGAUAACCAAGAGAGACUUUCCAAUGCGGAGGAACUUCUGUCAAGGUUGGAAAUGGGUCUGAAGGCCUGUUAUGUGCCAAUUUAAAUCUUACUAAUGUGCUAUCAGAUAUGUUAUUUCCAGUAAAGAAAACAAUUAAGAA